GAUUGUUUUUUUUUGUUGUUUGUUAAUGUUGUAUUUAAAUAGAUUAUUAUGUUGUCGUCAUCGGAAAAGGAAAUACGUUGAUAAUCUUUGUUUGUUUGUAUCGGUAUUUUCCACAAUCACAAUGGUCAAGAAAGUCCUGCAUUAGACGAAUCAUCAUCAUCAUUAUCAUCAUUGUCGUAUGGUCAAGAAAACAUAAUGAAUGAAAUAUCAAUGUUGAAUGAAAUUGGUGAUAUUCCUCCUCAUCAUAAUAUUAAUAAUGAUCAUCAUAAUUUGACAAAUACAAAACCGACGGAUAAACUUGUAGCCGCAAUCGAUCAAGGAACAUCAUCAUCAAGAUUUUUAGUAUUUUCCACCGAAACCGGUGAAUUAGUUACAUAUCAUCAGAUUGAAAUUAAAAAAAUCUAUCCAAAUGAAGGAUGGGUUGAACAAGAUCCGGCCGAAAUAUUAUCAUCAGUUACACGUUGUAUUGAUGUUGUUGCAAAAAAACUUCCCGAAUUAGGUUUUCAAAUAUCCGAUAUUCGUUGUGUUGGUCUCACUAAUCAACGUGAAUCCACUAUAUUAUGGGAACGUACAACAGGAAAAGCAUUAUAUAAUUCGAUAGUAUGGCUUGAUAAUCGUACUAGUGAUCUAGUCGAAACUGUUAUUGAUCGUGUACCUGGUCGUGAUAUGAAUUGGUUAAAAAGUAAAACUGGUCUACCGAUAUCAACAUAUUUUAGUGCAUUGAAAAUAAAAUGGCUAAUCGAAAAUGUUGCUCAAGUUCGUCGAUCAAUGUUAGCUGGUACAUUAAUGUUUGGCACUAUUGAUUCAUGGUUAUUAUGGAAUCUAACCGGUAAACAUUUGACUGAUGUUACUAAUGCAUCGCGUACAUUAUUGAUGGAUCUUGAAACACUUGAAUGGGAUCCAUGGUUAUGUGAUUUUUUUAAAAUUCCAAUGUCAAUUUUACCGGAAAUCAGGCCGUCCAGUUCAAUGUUUGGUGAAAUACAAAAUGGUCCAUUAAUGUCGAUACCGAUAACCGGUGUGAUUGGUGAUCAAAAUGCUGCUCUUGUUGGACAGAAAUGUUUAAGUAUUGGCCAGAUUAAAGUUACUUAUGGUACCGGAGCAUUUCUUAUGCAAAAUAUUGGACCCGGUCCAUUACAUGGUGCAUACAAAAAUGUACCAGAAGAAGCCCGUCAUAAACUGUUGACUACGGUUGCAUUUAAAUUGGGCGAUGAAAUGGCUUGGUAUGCAUUGGAAGGAUCGAUUGCUAUUGCUGGUGCAGCUAUCACAUGGUUACGUGAUAAUCUAGAAAUUAUCGAUAAUUAUGGCCAGGUUGAAGAUCUAGCACGAAUGGAUUCUAAUUCUGGUGGCUUAUAUUUUGUUCCAGCAUUCCAAGGUUUAUAUGCACCAUAUUGGGAUGCAUAUGCAUCUGGUUUGAUAAUUGGCAUAUCACAAUUUUCACGAAAAUCUCAUCUAAUUCGAGCUACAUUGGAAGGUGUUGCCUAUCAAACAAACGAUAUACUUUGCCUAAUGCGUAAUGGUCUUAAUUAUGGAAUACGUGUUGAUGGUGGCAUGAGUUCUAAUGAUUUAUUAUGUCAAAUUCUAUCCGAUGUUACUGGCAAUCUAAUUCUACGUGCUAAAAUGGCUGAAUCUACUGCAUUUGGUGCUGCAUUAGUUGCUAGUCAUCAUUGUGGUUUAUGGCAACGUUUAUUGAAAGCUGACCAUUAUCAUCAACAACAACAACAAAAUACUAAUGGUGAUCUAAUCAAUAAUAAUCAUAAUAAUCAACAAUCGAUGAAUAAUUGUAAUGGUAACAUUAAUAUUAUUUCCAAUCGUUCACAUCCACAAGAUUCCACAUUUAAUCAUCUGAAAAGACAAUUAUCAUCAUUCUUAACAUCAUCAUCAUCAUCAUCAUCGACCACAACAACUACAACAAUGACCACAUCAACAACAUCAGUAUCAUCAUCAUCAUCAUCAUCAUUACCAUUAUCAUCAUCAACAUCAACAUCACAAUCAAUGCCGCAGCCCAAAUCGAUAGCAACGCAUUUAUUAAGUGAACCAAUCAAUGAAACAAUACGAUUACAAUAUGAUAUAUUUCGACCGGAAUUAGAUGAAGAUCAACGACAAGAACGAAUAGAUAAUUGGCGUGCUGCUGUACGACGUUGUCGAAAAUGGAUACGUAUCAAUGAACAAAAAGAACAGAAACGUGUAGAAUAUCUACGAUUAUCAACAUUGCCAAUGACGUUUUUCAUCAUUACAACUAUUGGUCUUUGUAUUCUAAGUAGGAGAUUUUGAUUUGAUUGCAAAACAAAAAAAAAAUUCCGUCGAAUAAGUUUAUAAUCUCUAAUCUCUUGAAUCAAUCAUUGAAAUAUUGUUUUUUAAUGUUUGAAAAUUAUUUAUUUU